AUGUCUUUUGAUCUUUCCCUUGACGAACAGCUUUGUGCCACAAAAGCCCAUUCAUAUUUAAAACAGUAUUUACCUGCUAAGCCCCACAAAUGGGGAUUCAAGCUUUAUGUUUUAUGUGAUUACAAAGGCUAUGCAUAUAAUUGUGAAAUAUACACUGGUCAAGAAAAUCAACCCAGGUUUCGUUUACCUUCAGAACCAGAUUUAGGAUCAAGCUCCAAUAUAGUAGUCCGUCUAUCAAGAGAGGUACCUGAAUAUAAAAAUUACAAAAUUUAUUUUGAUAAUUUUUAUACUAGUGUCCCAGUUAUGGAUUAUUUACACAGCAGAGGUAUAUUGAGCUUAGGCACAGUACGCACUAACCGAUUACCAAACUGUAAAUUAAAUGAUUCAAAAAUGCAAAAAAAAUUGUCAAGAGGAAAAUCUGUUGAAUAUAUUUCUUCAUAUAAAAAUACACCUAUAUCAGCAUUAACAUGGAAAGAUAACAAGCCUGUAACAUUAUUGUCAACUUAUGCUGGAAAAUUACCUGAAACUAUAGUAAAAAGAUUCAAUCGCUCUACAAAAAGUAAAAUUGAGGUAGCUUGUCCAUUUGUUGUAACUGAAUACAAUCUCCAUAUGGGGGGAGUAGAUUUAUUAGAUUCACUCAUAGGGAGGUACAAAAUAAAAAUGCGUUCCAGAAAGUGGUAUAUUCGUUUGUUCUACCAUUUCAUUGAUUUGACAGUUGUAAAUUCAUGGUUAUUAUAUAAGAGGGUCAAAGAAGAACAGAAUUUACCUGUGCAGUUUGAGCUAGCUGACUGGAGAAAGAAUAUAGCAUACUCAUUAACAAAAUCAGAAGAUUUCAAGAAUCAAAGAGGACGUCGUUCUAUAUCUAUAGAAACUAGAAGAACUUCGACAAGGGCUUUGGCUAUGCACCCAACUCGGGCAGUUAGAACUGAUGGUGUUUGA